UACCUAACAAGCAAGCAUCAUGUCUGGUCGUGGUAAGGGUGGUAAGGUAAAGGGCAAGUCAAAGUCCCGCUCCAGCAGGGCUGGCCUUCAGUUCCCUGUGGGCAGAAUUCACCGCCUUCUGCGUAAGGGAAACUACGCUGAGCGUGUGGGAGCAGGUGCCCCUGUGUACCUGGCUGCCGUCAUGGAAUACCUGGCCGCUGAGGUCCUGGAAUUGGCAGGUAACGCCGCUCGUGACAACAAGAAGACCCGUAUCAUCCCCCGUCACUUGCAGCUUGCCAUCCGUAACGAUGAAGAGCUCAACAAGCUGUUGUCUGGCGUCACCAUUGCCCAGGGUGGUGUUCUGCCUAACAUCCAGGCUGUGCUCCUCCCCAAGAAGACCGAGAAGAAGUAAACACUCUUCUUGGUUCUCCCAUCUCAACAUCGGCUCCUUUAGGAGCCAC